AUGGCACAACCUUUCCUAAACUCUGCGUUGGCCAACCUCACAAGUACUUCUGCAUUCGUCUUCACGGGAAAAUUCAAACAACUUUUCACAUUCAAAAUUCGUAUCUCAAUUCGAUCACUCGCCAUGUUUCUUAUUAAGACAUGGAGAUCAAUAGCAUUUGGCCUAUAUGGGUACACAAACUUCACCAAAUCUGGUUUCUUGGAACAUGCAAAAAAGUUCAAACCAGAAGACAUGCAAGCACAAAUAGAAGGGAAGAACUGCAUCAUUACAGGAGCUAAUUCGGGAAUUGGUUAUGCAACUGCCGAGGGUCUUGCUUCACGCGGGGCAACAGUAUAUAUGGUAUGUCGGAACAAGGAGAGGGGAGAAGCCGCUCUUUCGAGAAUUCAGACAGUGACAGGCAAUAAAAAUGUUCAUUUGGAGGUGUGUGAUAUUUCUUCUAUCAGUGAUAUCAAGUCAUUUGCCUCUAGAUUUUCUUCGAAGGAUGUGCCUGUUCAUAUCUUGGUCAACAAUGCUGGUUUGAUUGAGAAUAAGCGCAUUAUUACCUCAGAAGGAUUUGAGAUGAAUUUUGCUGUAAAUGUUCUGGGCACUUACACCACGACCGAAUUGAUGUUGCCAUUGAUGGAAAAAGCUGCACCUGAUGCUCGUGUUAUCACAGUGUCCUCAGGCGGAAUGUACACAGCUCCAUUGACCGAAGAUCUACAGUUCAACAGUAACAAGUUUAACGGAGUGGAACAGUAUGCCCGGAACAAGCGAAUUCAGGUAGCACUGACAGAGAAAUGGGCCGGAAUGUACAAGGACGGAAGCAUUGGGUUCUACUCAAUGCACCCUGGGUGGGCUGAGACUCCCGGAGUUGCCAAGAGUAUGCCUGGCUUUUCAAACGCGUUAUCGGGAAAGCUUAGAACGAAUGAGGAAGGUGCAGAUACAGUUAUAUGGUUGGCAUUACAACCAAAAGAAAAACUCACAUCAGGAGGGUUCUAUUUUGACAGAGCUGAAGCACCUAAGCAUUUGCCAUUCACUGCCACAGGGGUUUCUGGUAAUGCUAUAGACUCCAUUGUUCGUAGCCUCCGCACAUUGUCGGGUCUUCAAAGCAGCGUAUAA